AUGGCAGGCCCCCCGCUGAUGAUCGGACAUCUCGAAACCUGGCUGCACACGCAGAACAGAAUCUGGGACGUCGCGCCGAGCAAUGGCGGGUGGGAGCGUUGGGCACAGCUCGACUACUGCGCGUACCUCAUCAGCCUUGGCCGCCGAACCAUUGUGGAGAACCGGACGUACGUGAACCAGAAUCUGCGGAACGACAUUACCGUGUUUGGCGGAACCGAGUGGUGCAUCGAGCUCAAGCCUCUGGCCCUAGACUUCGCCCACCACGUCAAACUCUCCAUCGGCAUUGCCGCCAUCAACCCCAUCCUCGACGUGAUCCAAGACACGCACCCCCUCAUUGACCACACCAACAUCAUUGACCAAUAUGCUGACGACCUCUUCGGGGCCUACUCCCACCGCGUCGUCCAAGACCCCACCGGGCACUACUGGCUGAUAUCCUAUCUCGUGGUGCAGGAUCCCGUGGUCCCUGUCGGCGGUGGCGGUGGCGGUCUCGGCGGUGGCGGUCUCGGCGGAGGAGGUGGAAGUGGAGGCGGCGGUGGUGGUGGAGGCGGCGGUGGUGGUGGAGGCGGCGGCGGCAGCGGCGGCAGCGGCGGCACCACGACGUCUACUACGGGCCCCAUCGGUGGCGGCACCCUUGGAGGGUCUAGCAGCAGCAGCAGCGGAUCCAAGCCCGCCCCUAGCGGCGGCGGCGGCUGGCCGACCGGGACCAUGGGCAAGACCACCACCACUACCACGGUCCCUAUCUCGACACCGACUACGAAUCCUGCUCCGGUGUCAGUCAAGUCGCCCUUGCCCACCGGCCCGUCGACCCCUGUUGUCGGCGGCAGCACGUCGUCCAUCAGCGGCCCCAAGGCAGGUGGCACGUCAACGUCGGUCCCUAUCACCCCCUCGGUACCCCCCACCACCAGCAAGAAAGUAGUCUGA